CCAGAGUACAGUCGGUUCGAGGCCAAAAUCCACGACCUGCGGGAGCAGCUCCUGAGCAGCAGUUUGGGGUCGGGCAGCGCCUCCCUGAGGAGUGACCCUAAAAGAGGCUUCUACGUCAGGGCCCUGUUUGACUACGACAAGGCCAAGGACGUGGGGUUCCUGAGCCAGGCCCUGAGCUUCCGCUUCGGGGACGUCCUGCACGUCCUGGACGCCUCAGACGAGGAGUGGUGGCAGGCCAGGCUGGUCCUGCCCCAGAACCAGCCCCCAGACAUCGGCUUCGUGCCCAGCAAGCGCAGGGUCGAGCGCCGGGAGUGGACGCGGCUCAAGGCCAAAGAUCGGGGGCCUGGGGGACAAGGCCGCGAGGACGCCGUGCUGAGCUACGAGACGGUGACGCAGAUGGAAGUUCACUACGCGCGGCCGAUCAUCAUCCUGGGCCCCACCAAGGACCGAGUGAACGACGACCUCCUGUCCGAGUUCCCCGAGAAAUUCGGGUCCUGCGUCCCCCACACGACGCGGCCCAAGCGCGAGUACGAGGUGGACGGGCGGGACUAUCACUUCGUGGCGUCGCGGGAGCGGAUGGAGAAGGACAUCCAGGGCCACAAGUUCAUCGAGGCCGGCCAGUACAACAGCCACCUGUACGGCACCAGCGUCCAGUCCGUGCGGGAGGUGGCCGAGCAGGGCAAGCACUGCAUCCUGGACGUGUCGGCCAACGCGGUGCGGCGGCUCCAGGCAGCCCAGCUGCACCCCAUCGCCAUCUUCAUCCGCCCCAAGUCCCUGCAGAACGUCCUGGAGAUCUCCAAGCGGGUGUCGGAGGAACAGGCGCGAAAGGCCUUCGACAGAGCCACCAAACUGGAGCAGGAGUUCACCGAGUGCUUCUCGGGUGCGGUCCCCCACACC